CCGGGGGAAACUGGAGCACCACCACCAUCUGGAGUGGGCAGUUUUCGAGCAGCUCCAAUGCAUAUAUUCACAGAGCAAUUCCAGCAGAUGGGGCUCCAAUUCCAGCAGCUCGGCCUUCAGAACCCGCAGGUCAUGGACCAUCAGGUCCAGUUUUACCAGCAGUAUUCGGCCCACCAGGCCGAGUACCAGUCCAGGCUGACGGUCGUCGACGAGCGCCUCGACCGGAUGGAGGCCCAGAUGGGAGUCACUGGUGCUCUCAUCGAGCAGGAGCGCGAUCGUGGCCGCCGAUUGAUGGAGUACUCGGAGCACCUGCUUCAGACUUGUCACCCACCAGAGGAGCCCCACUGGACCACCCAGUGGGAUCACUCGCCACCGCGACCACCAUCACCACCACCAGAGGUGGUCGACGAUCUCAUGGACCAGAUUGACUUCACCAAGCUCGAGUAGACUGUACUCGUGGUCCCGUUUUGUGUUGUUUUCAUUUCUGUCAGAAUGCAAACUAUCUUGUGUGUUGGUUUAUUUUCUUUUCUUUCUUUUGAUUUUGGAUGAUGUACUAUUGGGCUGACCAUUGGACCUAACGUACUGUGUUAGAGGUCUUUUGUUCCCUUUAGCUGUGCUUUGUCCCUGACUGGUCCUUCUCUAGUCCGCUUCACUCCGACUGGUCCCUUUCCAGUCUCAUGCAGUCCAUGCACACCGGGAACAUCGUUCCCCUUAUCUUUCCCUCUUCUCCAUUGAGGGCAAUGUCGAUCUUAAGUGUGGGGGGGGGGGUAUUUCUCUUUUGACUGCAUUAGAUCUGUUUGUGUGCUUGGAGCCUAGUCCACUGUCCAAAUAUUUAAAUUUGAGGGCUCCAAGUACGUGUUUUCUUGCAAAUUGCCUGCUCAGUAUGCUUUGAAUUGACAGUCUAUAUAGUAAUGUGCAACCUAGGGAGGUGGUGUACCACUAUGGCGGAUGUUGAAGUAUAAGAUUUUUCCUAUCUAGCUCUCUGCUGUGCUGGUUGAUUUUGUGAACUAGUGGAUUUAGGACCGUGAAUUCAUGUGGUAAUGGUGACUCUAUUUGGGUUGUGUUAUGGACUUGUGUAUCGAAUAGGGUGCUCAUGUGAAAACUGAAAAGCAGUUGGUCCGCCAUGUAGAAAUCAUUAAAUCUUAAACAUGGGGUAAGCCCAACGUGUGCGGUACCGUUCAUUGCACAAAAUCAGGUUUUGGAAGAGAUUUUAGUGAUCCUUAGUGGGGUACUCCUACAAGAUGAAGCUAAGCCGUCUCUAGUGCAAGUAAAACUUACACCCGUUGAACGGUUUGCCUACUUGAGGAUGUGUUCUUAAGGGCACGGAUAGAGCUUCCGACUCCCCUUAAUUUCAUUGACCCUCCACACGAGUUGAGGAAAAGGAGUUAAAAGAAGUACUCUGGUGAGCGCCAGAUGUGCAGAAAUUGCUCUUGCUUGACUAAUAAGGGUCGACCGUGGAAAAGACUGCAGUUAGAACCCCCAAUAAGUGAAUGAAAAAAAAAGAGAAAAAGAAAUAAAGUGAAAGGGAAAAAGGGGUUCCAACGGUGAAAUGAAGUGAAAAGAGCACCCCGGUACAACGAGUCCUUGGUUGUGAAUGAUAUGAGUCCCUUUAUCCAUGAACUGACUGUCUUAUUUCUACUUCUUCUCAUGAUCCUGGCUUGAGUCUAGUACUCGCAUUGAGAGAGAUAGGGAACGUCUUAGAAGACUAGUUGACCUCGUAAGCUGUUAUAUGAUCUAGGAAAUCCUCUACCGACGAUCGGGGUUGUUUGUUUCUAUAGAGGUCUGGAGAGUUGCAUUGGUUUGAGUUAGGUUUGCUUGGAGAUAAGCAAACGGUUAAGUGUGGGGGAGUUUGAUAGACCAUUAAUUACACGUGUUUUUAACCCUAUUCUUUAGCCGUUUGAGACAUUGAUUCUCGUGUUUUAAGCCGAUUUCACGCUAGGUUGUGCGUUUAUGUAAUAUUUCAGGGCUUAGCGUUGGCAUCAAAGCAAAGGAACGAGAUUAGGGUCGAAAGGAGCAUGUGAGGUUUGAAGUGUGCUGGAGAGCAAAAAUACCCGACCAUGAUCAGAAAUACCCGGCCGGGUAUUAUUUGACGACGACCGGGGAUCAAACGCUUUGGGCGUCUUUGAGAAACAGAAGGGGGCCCAAGCAGGAGGCAAAAAUCCCUGGUCGGGGAUUCUUGGCCAUGAUCGGGGAUUUUCCCCUGUUACCCGACGGUGCGUUUUGCACAUAUCCGAUCGCCACCCAAAAUACCCGACCGGGUAUUUAGACCGGGGAUCGCGACAGACAGCUUCUUAGGGGAAAAGAAGGCCAAAAGUGAGGGGUUCCGAGUUUUAGAGAGACAAAGCGAUUCCUAGAGAGAGAAAGUGACGAACCAGAGUUCCCAAGUGCCCUAGCUUGAUCUUCAUCACCAUUGGAGCUCGGCUCACACUUGGAGAAGUGCCGAUUGACGACCAGGAGAAGAAACCCAUCCUUCACAGUAUGGUUUCCGCGUCUAAACUUGCUUUUGCUUCUCUCUCCAUGGAGUAACUUCCUCAUUCAUCUUGGUAUGGAGAACCCUAGAUUUGUAUGUUAGGUCUGAUUGUAUGAACCCAAGUACAAAUGCUAUGAUUUGAUUAUAUUCAAUUGGGGUUUGAAUGAUUGAAUGGCAUGAAUCCUGAUCAAAUUCCUGUUAUUUCUGCUUUGACCUAGAAAGAGAAUAUCUGCCUAAGUUGAUAGAGCACCCUUAAUUGAAGGUGGUGAAUUGGCGACUUUAGUCGAGGAGCCAAUUCACUAUUCUGUAUCGGAGUUACUUCGGUAGUGGAGGUUUUGUUCGUUAGGGCCUCAAUCUGUUUACUCCAGUGGAGGUUAGUCGCCCGCUGGAGACUCAGAUUGAGAGGGUCUGGAUACCUUUAGUCGAGACUUCAGACUGUUUAAGAACCUUCCGCAGUAUAACUCUCAUAAAACUGAACUUGGUAAAUUACAAUCCGGCUUAACUACAGUCUAGGGGGAACCAUAUCCGCGUGACCUCUCUCGACUUGAAAACAACCGUUUAAUUGCUUGCUUUGCUUGUUUUGCUUGUUUGAACCUGCACUAAAGUUUCACCGCUAAAUAAUAAGAAUUCGCUGAGUAGUCAUCACAUCUAGGACCCGGGUUGACAUUAAAACCCAAACUCGCUAUACUACGCUUUAGGAAGUGGUUACACUUGGCCAUUUUCUAGAGUGACAGUAGGAGUGAGUCACUACAACGAUCACUUCUCUCAUGCUCUCUAUCUAUAAAAGGCGAUGCUCCUGCAUAGAAUGAAGAAACUUUGUGAGAGAGCGGUAAAGGGAUUCUAAACAAAUGGUUUUAGUAAAGAUGAAGAGGUUCUUUGCUAGUGGCUGAUACAAAUUCAGGAGUUUGGAAUAUGGGUUGUUUCUCAUCAUUCUGUUUUGAGUUCUUGCUUUUCCUUUUCAUUUAGAGUUGUUAUUUGUAUUUGUAUGUUGGAUCAUACAAAAAAUAAUAAAUAGAGUCAUAGGGUUGGACGUAGCCCAUUGCACAGGGGUGAACCACGUUAAAAAUAUCGUGUGUUCUUUAGAUUUCUGCAACUUUCUUUUCUUGCUCUAUCUUCUACACCAAAAUUCGAUUUUCCAAGGACAUUGGUUCAAGGAAGAAGACGGACUGAAGUGUUCUUCUAAUUUGGCUUCUCGGCUGGGCUUAACAGUCCUAAGCCCAUCUUCUUUUUGUUUUCGGGUCUUAGUCUUCGAGUGAGCUUUGUGAAGCUACAGGCCCAGACUGAGGGGGAGAUAACAAAAGAAAGACAAAAAAGGACUUCGCCUUCAUUUCGUCCGUCUCCUUUCUUCUCCCUCUUCAUUCUCCCCGAAUUUCCAAUCCCUAGAAUUGCCUCUUCGAUUACAUAUGAUCCACGAUUGAACCUCUUUUAACAACUCGAGUUAUUGGAACCAACUGGUUUAUAGUAGUUUGGGCUUUCACGUGGUCUUAUGAUUCGAAACCAUAAAGCCUCAAACCCUAGAACUUAGUUUAUAGCCCAAACAGAAUGCAGGGCUGUUAGCUUUAGUGAAUUCAGAUGUGAUCAUUUGCCUCGAUAUUACUUAAAAAGGGUUUUUGUUGGAAUUGAAAGUGGACCCUCUCCCACGAUGAGCACUAUAGUACAAACAAGUAGGAGGAGUCAAUCUCCUGUUGCCGAGAACGACUCAAAACCUAAACUUGACAAAGAUAAACCUUUCAGUUGCACACAUUAGUUGACAAAGCACAACAGUCGGCGGGCGCAAGUGAGCAGAGCAGAGCAACUUGAUGGGUGCAAUUAACAUAUAGUACAGAGUAUUGUAUAUGAUGGUGUCGUCGUGGGAACCUGCAGACUUUCCCUCUACCAUCUCCCCUUUUGGCCAAUGAAGCUGAAUUGAGUUUGCCUAAUAGAGGAAGAUCCUAUAGAAUAUCAAUUGACCAUCUGCUAUCUGUCUAUAUAAAAGUCCUUGUGCAUUGGGCAUUUUCUCAACAACGGGGUCAGUGUAGUGGUUAAAAAGUGUUGAUCUUGACUUAUAAAAGUCAAGGUCGUCCCCUGCAUCUGUAUAUGUACCCUUCAAGUUCAACUACUCCUUGCCUUGUUAAUUAAUUCCCACCAACACCUCCACUAUGAUGAAAACCAUGCUGUCCUUUUCUCUUUUCUCUUGGCCUCGAAGAUGAUCCCUUAGCUCUCAAUUGUUAAAGAUAGAACUAGAGUCCCACUUCAUAUGUCCAAAGAAUAGUUUAUUAAGGACAAAUUAAGAUGGUGAUCCAUGUCCCCCGUCUGCCCGAUGUCAAUGCAAUGUAGAUACCCUACCAAAUUCUCAAUUCAACAGUACACUAUGAAGAUUUAACCGCCCAAGUCGCUGCUGUAUAUCUUGUCAAAUCAGCAGGUUAUAUUCCUUUGAAUAUGAUCCACUUUACCAGUUAAUUGUGUGGAAAAUUGCACAGGAUCUAAAGAAUUUCUUAUUGUUGCUAAUUAAGUCGCUCUAAUUAAAUUACCAAUGGAUUUCUACAAGAAACCAUGUUAAAAGGAGACAUAAUGAAUGUAUAUUCAAUCCUUAAUUACAUGGGUGAAGCUCAUAAACAUGUCAUUCGGAU